GAUCUUUCCUCCUCAAAAUGACAUAAAUUUCCAGGUAAUAAUUGUGCAGUUGUUGGAAGCAGUGCCUAAAGACACAAAUAGGGGUUGAGUUUCUAUGGUAUACCGAAGAGGCCAUCCAGCCCCCAAAAAGCGAAAAGAGGAGGCGGAACAGAACGCGAACGACAUGCAUGGAGGCAAAACAAUACAUGUAGGCCUAGUUAGGAAUUGUCAAGAUCUGAAGAUAGCGUUGAUUAUAAUAGGUGCCACCGUAGCCUACCCGCUGAAUUUCUGCCCACAUCAUAAGUUAUUCAUCCUGGUCCUGGUUGUGCCAGCAUCACUUACAUCAUCCUCUAAAUUGGUAGCUCACAUGGACUUGAACAAUGUGCGAAGGGACACCACAAUGUUGAGGACACAACAGCUACUGACAGCAGACUGCAAGGAGUGCACUGAUUGAUCUUUCGGCAACUUGCAACACCCAUAAGGAGCAUAAACCUUUAACAGGCCACAUGCUUCAACCACAAUGCACUCAUGCAGACUGGCAGGUGCACUUAACACAAUCAUAUGAAAUCUAACUUUGGAGGAUUCCAUAAAUAGUGGGGAGAACUACAUGUAUAUGGUAGCUUCAAAUAGCUCCAGUUUUGUUUACAAAUACUGAAUUUUAAAUUUGUUGUUGACAAAUGUACAUGUAUAUGAGAGGUAUUUCUUAGUGCUAUUGUUGCAUAAAAAUCCCUGGUUGCAAAUAUACAGGAUUAGAAAAAAAAAUCACUUAUAACAUGGACACUUUAUCCCUGUCUCAGUUUCAUGGAAUGACACUUGUAACACUGUUAAACACUGAGUUAGUGGCACCUCAGAUGAAUUGUAUAAUUACAGCGAUGUGAAGUAUUUUUGAGCUUAUUCACAAGUCAAUUCAAUUUUUCGUAUUUAUUGCAAUUCCCGGUACAAAAAUGAUUUGAAUUGACCAGCCCAGAA